AUGGAUCAUUUGCAUCCAAGGGAGAAAGCUGGCGGCGGAGACUCCUUGCAAGAUUUCUCAAGGGAAGUGUCCCGCCGCGCGCGUGGCUUCAUCCGCUCGGAAAUUCUAGGCACCCGAAGCAUCGGUAGGUUUCGAGGCUACACUAGCGAAUCCGACUCCUCGGACGGCCAGAUUGAUAAGUCUGGUGUCGGGUCGGUCAAGUUGACGGGUAGCCGACGCAAAAAUCUGGGAAGCGCAUCAAAACCUGGCCAGCCCCAGCCUCCGUCAUUGCCAUUAUCUAGCAGUUCAAAGCGCAGCCACAAUAAACUUGGUAAAGUUGACGAUGUGUCUGACAGAUCUCCUUCGACUACCGCGCCGACCGUGAGCGCUCAAAAAGUUGGCCACUCGAUUCUGGUCAAACGAGAAGACCAGUUGAAUGUGCCACUAAAUACUACCCAUGGUCUGUCCAUAGGUACGAGCGUCCUGGAAUCCAUUGACCUGGAUGACAUGAUCUCGCGGCUCUUGGAUGCGGGCAUUUCUCACAAACCCACCAAGAACGUCUGUCUUGAGAAUGCAGAGAUUAAUGCCCUCUGCUUGGCAUCUCAAGAACUUUUGCUUUCACAACCUACUUUGUUAGAGCUCUCGUCCCCUUUAAAAAUUGUCGGCGACCUGCAUGGACAGUACAUUGACCUGAUUCGACUGUUUGGGAUGUGUGGGUUCCCACCUGCCUCGAAUUAUCUUUUCCUCGGGAAUUAUGUCAACCAGGGGAAGCAGAGUCUAGAGACGAUUCUUCUACUGCUGUGUUAUAAGCUCAAGUACCCCGAGAACUUCUUCCUGCUCCGAGGCAACCAUGAGUGUGCUAAUUCUCCGCGAAUGUGUGGCUUCUAUGGAGAGUGUAAGCGACGCUGCAACUUGGAGAUUUGGAAUACGUUCAUCAAUACUUUUAACUGCCUUCCAAUCGCUUCCAUUGUCGCUGAAAAGAUUUUCUGCGUCCACGGCGGGCUUUCCCCCGGCCUCUCACACAUAGACGAUAUUCGAAGAAUUGCCCGUCCCACCGACGUUCCUGACGAUGGUCUAUUGGACGACCUCUUACGGAGUGAUCCUGAUGAUAAGGAUGAGGCUUGGUCACCGAACGAACGAGGCAUGAGUGGAAUUUUUGGCAAGAAGGUCACAAUGAACUUUUUGCAGCGCCAUGAUUUCGACUUGAUAUGCCGUGGGCACAUGGUGGUUGAGAACGGCUUUGAGUUCUCUCAGGACAGAAUGUUGGUGACUUUGUUCUCCGCACCUUGCUAUCGCGGUGAUUUCGACAACUUGGGUGCCAUCAUGUCGGUCUCGGAUGACUUUCUCUGCAAUUUUGAGAUACUGAAACCUCUGAACUCGACUAUCCUGAAACGUCAACGUCGACUUAAGAGGGAUGAAAAAAAAGAGAGAUGGCAAAUUGAAUAG